UUCUCGAAAUGCAUGCUGGGUGCCUGGUGAGCGGCGCUGCGGCGUGAGUAAGGCCUAAAGAAGGAAGCGCGCCAGGGCGUUUGUGUGAGAUCACAUAUACCACAAGCAGAACCGAGCGGAGGCCUGGAGAUCAGUCUCCCGUAACCCGGGCAUAGAAGCGUCCCCUGCGGGGAAGGUUGGUAUUAUAAAUAUGUCUUAUCCACCACAUUUGAACCGCCCACCCAUGGGGAUUCCAACUCUUCCUCCAGGGAUCCCACCACCUCAGUUUCCAGGCUUUCCACCACCUCCUGGUACUCCAAUGAUUCCUGUACCAAUGAGUUUAAUGGCACCUGGACCAACUGUAUUGUUGCCAACAGUAUCUAUGCUUGGAAAACACAUGGGGCCUCGGAAAGACAUGAUUGGGCUGAAGAAUAAAGAAAUUGAUGACAACAGUGGUCCUACUACCACAGUGUUUGUGGGAAACAUAUCUGAAAAGGCAUCAGAUAUGCUCAUUAGGCAGCUCUUAGCUAAAUGUGGCUUAGUUUUAAGCUGGAAGAGAGUGCAAGGUGCAUCUGGGAAGCUUCAAGCCUUUGGAUUUUGUGAGUACAAGGAGCCUGAAUCUACUCUGCGAGCUCUACGGCUUCUCCAUGAUCUACAGAUUGGGGAGAAAAAGCUGCUUGUAAAGGUUGAUGCCAAGACCAAAGCUCAGCUAGACGAGUGGAAAGCAACUAAAAGGGCUUCCAAUGGGAGUGCGAAGCCUGAAUCUGCAACAGAGGAUGAGGAUGAUGUGGACGAGGACACAAAGAGACGGGAUGGGAUUAUGAAAGGUUCAAUUGAAGUUCUGAUUAAGGAGUAUUCUAGUGAACUGAAUGCUCAGUCACAGGACUCUGAUUCACACCCCAGGAAGAAAAAGAAAGAUAAAAAGGAAGAGAUGACUAGCAGUGUGCAACUGCAGGAGGAUAUAAAUGCAAUAGAAAUGGAGGAAGACAAGAGAGACUUAAUAUCCCGUGAAAUCAGUAAAUUCAGAGAUACGCACAAGAAAUUGGAGGAGGAGAAAGGCAAAAAAGAAAAGGAGAGGCAGGAAAUAGAAAAAGAACGGAGAGAUCGCGAGCGAGAACGAGAGAGGGAGAGAAGGGAACGUGAGCGUGAAAGGGAAAAGGAGAGAGAAAAGGAGAAAGAAAGAGAGCGAGAUCGUGAGCGAAACAAAGACAGAGAUCGAGACAGGGACCGGGACAGGGAAAGAGAUCGCGACAAGGACAGAGAUCGUGCAAGAGACCACAGUAAAGACAGAAGCAGAUCAAGAGAAAAAAGCAGAGAUCGAGAUAGAGAACGUGAGAGAGAGCGCGAAAGGGAGAGAGAACGGGAGCGAGAGAGGGAUAGAGAUAAAGACAAAAAGAGAGAUCGGGAGGAAGAUGAGGAAGAAGCUUAUGAAAGGCGAAAACUUGAAAGGAAGUUGCGAGAAAAAGAAGCUGCUUAUCAAGAGCGCCUUAAAAAUUGGGAGAUCAGGGAGAGAAAAAAGGCAAGAGAAUAUGAGAAGGACUCAGAGCGUGAAGAAGAAAGACGGAGAGAAACGCCUUUUUGUUCCUACCAGGCAAAAGAAGCAAAACGACUAAAGGAGUUUUUGGAAGAUUAUGAUGAUGACCGAGAUGACCCAAAAUAUUACAGGGGCAGUGCACUCCAGAAGAGGUUAAGAGACCGUGAGAAAGAAAUGGAAGCUGAUGAGCGAGAUCGUAAAAGAGAAAAGGAAGAGCUUGAGGAAAUAAGACAGCGACUGUUAGCAGAGGGUCAUCCAGAUCCAGAUGCAGAACUGCAGAGGAUGGAGCAGGAGGAAGAGAGAAGGAGACAGCCACCACAAAUCAAGCCGCAGCCAGAGUCUGAAGAAGAGGAGGAGGUGAAGCCCAUGAGAGAAGAGAAAAUAGAGGAACCUGUGGAAGAAGAAGAUCCUGAACCAAAGCCAUGCCUUAAACCUACAAUGCGGCCAAUCAGCUCUGCUCCCUCUCUUUCUUCUGGUAGUGGUAAUGCCACUCCAAACUCCCCAGGGGAUGAGUCCCCUUGUGGUAUCAUAAUUCCUCAUGAGAACUCGCCAGAGCAGCAACCACAAGAAGAAUACAGGCCGAAAAUAGAACUAAGCUUAAAAUUAGGUGCCCCUAAUAGUCCCAGUCAACCAAAUGCAGUAAAGAGGAAGAAGUUGCCUGUGGACAGUGUUUUUAACAAGUUUGAUGAUGAAGAUAGUGAUGAGGUGCCUCGGAAAAGAAAACUGGUGCCGUUGGAUUAUGGGGACGAUGACAAAACCUCAGCCAAAAACAAUGUGAACACAGAAGAGAAGCGGAAACAUAUCAAGAGUCUUAUAGAGAAAAUUCCUACAGCCAAACCAGAGCUAUUUGCUUAUCCUUUGGACUGGUCUAUUGUGGACACUACAUUAAUGGAAAGACGAAUUCGGCCGUGGAUAAAUAAGAAGAUUAUAGAAUAUAUAGGUGAAGAAGAAGCAACAUUAGUUGAUUUUGUCUGUUCAAAAGUAAUGGCCCACAGUACCCCUCAGACUAUACUUGAUGAUGUUGCAAUGGUUCUGGAUGAAGAAGCAGAAGUAUUCAUUGUGAAAAUGUGGAGGCUCUUAAUUUACGAAACAGAAGCUAAGAAGAUUGGCCUCGUGAAGUAACUGAAAAUGUUGACCUUUAAUUUAAAUGUUCAUCGGCAUUAACCCUUUGCUGUCUGCCGGGCCAUUACCUUUCACAGUACAUUGACGAGCCAAACAUCGAUGUCUUCAGCAAAGCCGUUAAUAAUGCGUUUGUCAUCAGACAAGCAAAAUCUUAAAUUUUUUUUUAUGUAGAGAAUGUGAUUUUUUUCCCUUUACCUCUGUCCAGAAUCUCUUCCUUGUGACAGUCUCUCACCCGUCACUGGACGAUAUCACCCAGUAAACCAGUGUUUUACUGCUACGGUUUAAAAACUGCAGCUACUGUAUAAUGGUCCCUUGAGUAGCAAUGAUUUGCAAAUAUAUGCUCUUGUAUAUAAAUAUUAAAAUCUCCAGUUUUAUUUUGCAAUCACUUUGCACUUAUAUUUGUUAUUGAUGUACAAAUGUUAGACCAUUAUCUGCUCCCUCUGUGAUUUUUGAGGUUUUCCAAACAUGCAUCUAUGUGCUUUUUUUUUUUUUUUGAUUUGGAGGUAACGGUGUGUAUCAGCCUCUCUGAUGUGAAAAAGUUCUUCCAGGGGAAACCGCAGAGAAACUUGCCAAAUUAUUCAUGCAUUUAAACAGUCAAGCGGUAUAAAAGUCAAUUUUGCUGAUUUUUACACAGGAUCUCUGUUCUUGCAGCUCUUCUGUUAGACUCACAGCUCUGAGACUGAUACAUUUUUUUUACACUGGUCUCGUUUAUUUAUCUUUAUCCCUUCCAACAGCAUGCAUGUCAUUGUGCCACUCAAAAAUUACAGAUCUCUGUAGAUUUCUAAACUACAGCUUCUGAGGAAGCAUGUACUGGAUACAUUCUCUUGGAUGGGUAGAGACAUCUUUGAUGCUCCUAAUGUUCAAUUGCAGCUCCCAGUAUGCCUCCAGAAGUUCAGCUGCAUCCCAUUUGCUGACAGCUUGUCUUUCUGCAUUAUUUGGAGCAACAUACUUUUCUACUUCGUUCCCUUGGAGGCCCAAGCUGGAGAGCACAGGCUCACCUACAGCAUUCCCAAAUGUAAAUAUGCAGUGAUUAAAAAGCCCUUUUGUAAAUUAACUGCUUUUAUUACAAGCUCUCCAUUCAAAGCUAGCUAAGUAUCUAUUGCAAAUUUGGUUCUCCAGUAUCUUACUUUGACUUUGUCAUUGUUUAACUUCUGCUCCAUAUUUUUUAUGUCCUUUAUUUAAUAUUUGAGCACCCAAACAAAAUGUGUGCCAUUGCAUAAGUGAAGUCUUAUGUUGUCCCAAAAUAAACUGUGUUUUUUUAA